AUGAAGCCCCUAUCUGUCGAAGCCGUGGUGUCUGGAGAAUAUGUCAAUGGGAAGAGUGUAAAGGAGUGGAAAGUUAAGAGGUCUCUUUAUCAGGCUUUGCAUAUGGCGAUGGCUGAGGAGAUGCAGCGAGACCCGAGGGUUUGCGUUAUAGGAGAAGAUGUAGGACAUUACGGGGGUUCAUACAAAGCUACAAAAGAUUUACAUUAUUACUUCGGAAAUUUUAGGUGCCUAGACACCCCAAUAUGUGAAAAUACGUUUUUAGGUUUAGGUGUCGGUGCUGCUAUGCAUGGUCUACGCCCUAUUGUUGAAGGCAUGAAUAUAGGGUUUCUAUUGCUAGGGUUUAAUCAGAUUUCUAACAAUGCAGGGAUGAUCAGAGCAACGAGCGGGGGCCAAUUUAAUGUACCCCUCGUUAUCAGAGGACCCGGAGGCGUAGGCAAACAACUCGGCCCCGAACACUCUCAAAGAAUCGAAGCUUACCUACUCGCUGUUCCUGGUUUGAAAAUAGUUGCAUGCAGCACCCCGAAGAAUGCGCGAGGGCUGCUGAAGUCAGCAAUACGAGAGGAUAAUCCUGUUGUUUUCUUAGAACAUGUUUUGACAUACGGUAUAACAGAAGAAAUACCUUUAUUACCGUAUACUCAAUCUUUAUAUAAAGCAGAGAUAGCUAGAGAAGGCAGCGACAUAACAGUUUUAUGUUAUAGUAAACUAAGACAUGUUGCUUUAAAUGCAGCAAACAUAUUAAGCAAGAAUAUGAAUAUAAAUAUAGAAGUCGUGGAUCUUAUCUCUUUAAAGCCUAUUGAUAUUCAGACUAUCAAACAAAGCAUUAAAAAGACUCGAAGGUGUCUUAUACUCGAUGAAUCUAGCAGGACAGGAGGUAUUGGAGGAGAAAUCUUCACUCAGGUCGUAGAGAACUGCUAUGAAGAUUUAGUCUUACCCCCUGUGCGUCUGUCUACUAAGGAUAUCCCAACGCCUUAUGCAAGAGAACUAGAAGAGGCGACGAUAGUCAAGGAGUCUGAUGUUGUUAAUGCAGCUCUAUGGAUGCUCUCAGCACCUUCUAAAUAA